AUGCAGGCCGAAGCGACACCUGCCCGCUGUCGUCAUCGGCGCAGCGAGGACCAGGGCAGCCAAGCAGAGGCUCAGCGUGAUGAAACCACGUGCCCUGCCCGCCUACCAACGCCUGUCGCCUUGCUACCAGACAGAACCAAGGCUGGACCUGAAGCAGAGCCACCUCUGACAGAGAGGGCAAAGGCUCCGGUGGAGGACCGUCUUCGUGCGACCGGCGUUCAGUUCGAGUUGGCAUAUACUGGAGAUUGGUUGGAAGUGUUUGACAAGAAACUGGAGCAGGCCUUAGGUGACAUAGAGGAUGCCGACAUCCCACAGGAAGAGCUGGUGGGCUUCAGCCUGUCCAUUACGGACGCCCACGGUUCCGUGCUGGUCUACCUAGACAGUGCGGAACUGGAAACGUCUGGCCUGCCGACGCAAGAGCUUUUUUCAGGAUGCCAAGCUGGCGUGUCCGCGCACUUCCCCUUGCGAGUGCGCUUCGGGCCCUCUUCCUCGGGGCACGAUGCCGGGGGCCUCGUUUCUGCCGCCCCAGAGGGGCCGAAGACGGAGCUCCCCAUCAGCCCUGCUGUUCUUCUGGAGCAGUUUCGGCGGAAUCUGUGCCGGAAGCCGCUGCGACUCGGCGGCCCAGUGAGUCUGGCCAGGGUGGAGGAGCUGUGUGAAAUCCUGGCAAUCGGAGAAGGGAGCCCUUCGGAGGAGCAUCCUGGCGUGAUGAACAAUGGCUUUUCGAUUAAUUUUGUCCCUGUGCUGCUGCAGGCACAAGCCCCGAACGAGUAA